AUGUCAAAGGAAAGCGACGAAGAUGGUAAAAAUUCUGGGAUAAUGACGGGACAACCCGAAGAUCCGCCACAAGUAAAAGCCGUCAUUGUUCACGUUCCAAGAAUCGCACCAAGAACGUUACCAGGACUCGCUAAUGCCCAAAAUAAAGAAGCCAUCGAUUGGAGCGGUCAUGGUCUCUUGGCAUACGGUAGCAACUACACGGUUGUUGUAGUAGAUACCAGAAACAUUCAGGUAGUUCAAUGUUUGGACAAACAUAAAUCCAUGGUUAAGAAAGUUCUUUGGGGCGUCGAUUACCUUAGACAAGAUAAAUUAACACAGCAUCCUCCGAGAUUAUACGGUGGAAUUGAUUUGGUUUCGGCUGACGCAACGGGUCACAUAAUUGUUUGGGACGUCACUUCCGGUCAAUCAGUUCGAGUUCUUCAAGAUGGAACGAAACCAAUAACGGAUAUGCAUUGGGUCUCGUUGUGGAACGAUCACAGUCACAUUUUAGCUGCUCUUCAUCCUCCUCAUUCAUUCAUAUUAUGGGAUACGAGAACCGGAAAUAAAAUAUGGAAAAAAAAUUACAUGGAAAAUAUAAUUGCAUUUAACUUCGAUCCAUUCCAUUCGUCGAAAAUGGCAUUUCAUUGUUCGGAUUGCAUCCUCUUUGUAGAAGAUUUUUCCGUGACGAAAUCACCGUCAUCUAACGGUCGUAAGUUUUACAUAUCCUCAUCUAGAUCCACGUUUUCCGGUUCGAAAGGAAGUUAUGGAAAUUUGACAACAGGGGUUCAAGAGGAAAAAACGGGCGCGAAAGAUCGUUUAAGAAGAUUAAUGAAAGAUUUAGUUUUCGGAGAAGUACAACCCAAAUCCGACGAUGGAAUGGCUUUGAACGAGUGCCUUCAAGUUAAUUAUCAUAAAUCAAUAAGACACCACAUAUUAUUAUUAUAUCCUCGUGAAUUAUUAAUAUUAGAUUUACACAUAAAUCAAACGGUUGGAAUUAUAUCAACCACCGAUAAGGUAAUUAAAUUUUUAUUUUAUUUUUUUUUAAAGAUAUUUUCUUGCAAGCAAAGAGACGUUAUUUAUUGCUUACACGAAAGUGGAAGCGUUUCAGUUAAGCUAAAAAGAAAAUUUGGAUUUCCAAGUUCUCCAAUGGAUACGCCCAGCGUGUCUAGUUUAGAAUCACAAUUGGAAAUAUCUUACGAUCAUAAAUGUUCCAGCGAACCCCUCAGACAAACUCGAGGUUUGCAAAUUUUAGGUAUAACCGUUAAUCCCGUUUGCGAAACAAAAAUAGCCAUGUUUUUAAAUUCUGGAAAAAUAGUAUUCAUGGAAUUAUUACCGGUUAAUAAUAAUAAUAAUAAUAAUAACGAGGAUUCGAAUUUUAAUUUUACAAUUCCGAUGACAGGGAUUCAUAAAGGAAAUAAUUUUUCUAAAAGAAAAUAUUCAUUAAAUGAAAUAUUACCGCCUUUAAUGAAUGAAAUUUCCAUUCAACCACCAAAUCUUCGUCUUCUAGUCACUGGAGUUCUUCCGAGCGUUUCUGCUCCCGUAACUGCCUUAAAAAUGUGCCCCCCUAUCACAACUAGAAAUUGGAAUAAUUAUACUCCAUUACUCGCCGAAGGUACCGUCGGUGGCCUAAUACAAAUAUAUAAUCUUGCAUUUGGAAUUAUCGAAAAAGAACUCGUUGUACAUUCCUACACAGUCAGGGGGAUCGAAUGGGUUGGAUUGAAAACGUUUCUCUCGUACGCAUAUCCGAACACGUCGAACGCAUCAGUCAAUGUUAGAAAUGAACUUUGUCUCACGGAUGUUCUUACAGGAGAAUCAACAUCCAUUCGAACGGAUAAAGGAGAAGAGCCACCCAUUGAAUUAUUAAAAGUUUCUCCAUUGAAACAAUAUUUUUUAUUAUUUAUAACGGGGGGACCGUUGGAAUUGUGGGAUUUAAAAUCGUUGCAAUUGUUAAAAGUUAUGCGGAAAAAAUUCCCGUUGAUAAACACUCUGGAAUGGACGCUCCAAUCCGGUUCGAGAUCAUUUAAAAAAAAACGUUUGAGUUCGAAAGAAGAAAACGUUUCGGAUGGUUCCAACAAGAAAACCUUCGUCGAACCCACGGGAACAUCUGCUCUGCAAUAUUUAACGAAAACUUACAGCGACAAAACGGAAACGUCGGAUAAAAUCAUAGCAAAAGAACAUUUCAUAUUCACGGAUCCUGAUAGUCACCUGUACAGGUUUACAGUCGAUGGACAUUCGGUGGAUGGUAAAAGAAUAUUUCCAGAGGGUGGAAAUGGAUCCAUAACAACCCUCGCGUACAAAAUGGAAAUAAUUGUUUUUGGUGAUACCGAAGGUUCUAUCACGGGUUGGGAUUUACGUUCGGGACAAACGAGAAAAUAUUCGACCGGAAGGGGAUUCGUAAAAAAAAUUCGAUUCGCACCAGGAAAGGAAAAUAUGAAAUUGUUGGUUCUCUAUCACGACGGCGUUGAUGUCAUCGAUCUCAAGGGGUUAUGUACCGGAAAUGGCGACGGAUUUGAAAAAAUCGGACAGUUGAAAAGUCCUCGGGAUUACGUUAAAGUUUUAGAUAUAGAUUGGGCAGCAUCCGAUAAACCCGUAAUCGCGACUCAAGAUGGAUGCCUUAGAAUUAUGGACGUGACGCUGUUCAGGAGUUCAUCUCCGAUAUCGGAUUACGAAUUUAACGAACCCGUUUUUUGUCCGGCAUUGCUUCCUUCCGAAGUGGCAUUUAAAGUACGAGAACGACUUUGUUGGCAACCACCGGAUACUCCUUACACGACGGAUUUAACCGUCGAACACGGAUUCACGGAAAAUCAAGUUUCGUUAAUUAACAAACAAUUACUCAUGGUAGAUGAAGAAAGGCUCGAAUGUUUGAGAAAACCUUCGUUUAAAACCGUUGAAAGAUGUUUGAUAGUCGCUCAACUUUUCGGAGAUGAAACGGAAAUCGAUCUUUGGACGGUCGCCAUGUAUUAUCUUCAAAUAAAAACUGAAAAUUUAUUAUUAUCAUCAUCAUAUUCCACCGUGAAUAAUCGGGAUGAUAUUGAAAAUUUAAAUCGGAUAAAAAAUAUCAUACCAUUGGAUACUUGUUAUGACGUUUUACAGGAUUCAUAUACAUAUCAGCGUUUACAAUUGGAGCGCGUCGCAUUACACGAAAGCAGAAGAACUGAUUAUAAUCAUACAAAACGAGUCAUUCAACAACAGUUGCUGUUGGGUCAAAGCGAUAGAGCAGUACAACUUUUAUUAGAAACGGAUUUAAAUAAUUCUCAAUAUUAUCCCGAUGCCAUAAAAGCGUGUUUAGUUGCAACCGUACAAUCGACAGGAGCUGCACAAAGUACCAUUAAACUCGUUGCCACUAAUUUAAUAGCUCAUGGGAAUGAUAAUGAUAUAUGGGAAGGUGUACAGUUAUUGUGCCUUAUCGGUAAGGGUCUCGAUGCUUGUAGAUAUUUGACUUCAUAUUCGAAAUGGGGAGCAGCUGUUUGGCUAGCAAGAGCAGUACUCACACCUCAAGACUCAUCCGAAGUCAUUAAAAAAUGGGCGGAUCAUUUAUAUUCCCAGGGAUAUAAAGAAAAGGCAGUUUUAGUUCUUAUAAGUUUAGAACAAUGGCAAGCUGCUCAUUCCCUUCUUUCAAUAUUUGAUCCGAGGCGAGCAUCUCUACUCGCUCAAGCGUGUCAGGAAUUUGACAUAAAUUUUUGA